UGAUACCCUGGAGUUGCAGGUCUCGUUCAGGACUUUAGAAGAACAUCAAUGGCUGCUUCGCCUGAGAACCAUAGAAAGGAAUCAACAGACGUCAAAACCUUAGUUUCUGACUAUUCGAAUCAUGUCUGGAGAAAACUCUUCAGUUUCUUUCCCUCUCGUGAUUCGAAUCUCUUCGACAAGAUAUCAAAUCUCCAUUUGAUACGAACCACUGGGGCCAGAGGUCGUAGACGGAAACCAGGUCUCCCUCUGCCAUUACCUUCGAACUCACUCGAAUUUUCAGGGGUUAUGUUUGACGAAUCUAGGGUUUUAGAUGCGCUGGACACUAUUUUGGAGCAUAUCUUGGCAAAUUUGCAUGACAUUCAGAAGAGUUUGCAUUUUUGGCAAUCCAGAGCAGAGGGAUCAGGUGCUCAAAAAGUAUACUUUAUGGUUUUUGAAAGAGGGCCAUGGGCCUUUAUCAAUGGAACAGUUCAGUUGAUACGUGGAUGUAUGUCUGGGGGAUCUCCGGUACAACAUCUCUGUCAUUCUGCAGUUGCUCAAAUCUCUGAGAGGAUAGCAGUCUUAACUAGACUGCAACAUUGCCUUGCUAAAUUUCUGGCACAGGUAGUCUUGAUCUUGUUUCCUUUACUGCAUUCAGAAUUUUUAUAUUUUAGUAUUCUGUUUUUUAUCAGUCACAGGAAUACAACUUAA